AGACCCAGUGGGUGGCCAGAGUUGCCCCUUACAUGGGUGCAUGUGCACCCGGUUCAUCUUAUAUCCUCUUCGGUUCCUGACUACUAUUUAAAGAGACCCCUUCCCGCCAUUUGCACUCUGCUGCCGGUUCAUUCAUCACCGUCGUCGUCGAUCCUUCAAAUCGGCAAGCUCUCUUCAGUCUCCAGUCCACACCAGGCUCAAUUCGAUUGCUGUUGGGAGAGCGGAGAUUCUCAUUAGUGCCAGAUAUGUCGAAUAUUACGGUCUGUGCGAGGUUUAGGCCUCUGAGUUCGAGAGAGCGGCGUGAUUAUGGAGAUUCAAUCUGCAUUCAACGCAUCGAUGAUGAGACCUUCUCUCUCAAGGAUGAAAAGGAAGGUGAUUUUAAGUUCACCUUUGAUAGGGUUUUCUACGAAACAUCAGAGCAAGUUGAUGUCUAUACCUUUCUGGCUCGUCCCAUUGUUCGAGAUGCUAUGAAAGGAAUAAAUGGGACAAUCAUUACUUACGGGCAGACAGGGGCUGGGAAGACGUAUAGCAUGGAGGGAGUGAACAUCCUUGAUUGCGAUGAACAGAAGAAAGGGCUUCUUUCAAGGGUCAUAGAUGGCUUUUUUGAAGAUAUUAGCUCCUCUGGUGAAUCUAUCAAAUAUACUAUCAAGUUGUCCAUGGUAGAGAUUUACAUGGGGAAAGUAAGAGACUUGUUUGAUCUCUCAAAAGACAACAUACAAAUAAAGGAGAGCAAAUCUGAAGGAAUUUUAUUAUAUGGAGUCACUAAGAUACCUCUGCUAGACCCUGCUGAAGCGUUGCAAAAACUAUCUCAUGGCUUAGACAACAGAGCAGUUGGAGAGACGCAGAUGAAUAUGGGAAGCAGCAGAAGCCACAGCCUAUAUAUAUUCACAAUCCAGCAGGAAAUGAACAAAGAUAUCAGGGGAAAAUAUGGAAAACUAAUCCUUGUGGAUUUAGCGGGGUCUGAGAAACUAGAGAAAACGGGAGCUGAAGGUAGGGCUUUUGAAGAAGCUAAGACAAUCAACAAGUCUCUCUCAGCCCUUGGGAAUGUUGUAUGUGCUUUGACUUGUGGUCCGACUGGGAGAGGCAACCACAUUCCAUAUCGCGAUUCCAAGCUCACACGGAUCCUACAAGACGCACUAGGAGGUAACUCUCGUACAGCACUGCUAUGUUGUUGCUCUCCUAGUCCCUCAAAUGCAGCAGAGACUCUAUCCACCCUACGGUUCGGUGCCAGGGCAAAGCACAUAAAAGCAUCACCUAAUAUUGAAUCCAAUGAAGACAAACAUGCGAAAGUACUCAUUGCACCUUCCCCAACAGAAGAUGAUUCACGCGACAGAACUCUGGACAAGGUGAGGGUACAAUUACACGCUGAAGAAGUGAAUUGGCUCCAGGAGUUGUCCAUUGUGCAGACAACUUUAUCUCAUCCUAAUCCAGCUGAGGACUCGGAUUCUGAUUCUGAAGGUGUCAUGAUAUGUACCAUUGUUUCAGCGAGACAUGCCAUGGAAGAGCUUGCAACUGGAGUUGAGCAGCUCAAGCAUUCAACCAAGGAACUCAGGAGAACAAUUGAAGUUGCUGAGAGGCUUGUAGCACAUGAAAAUGCUGUAAAUGCUGCACAGCAUGUGUGCUUUCUGGAGAAGAUGCUGAACCGUCUAAUGCGCCUUGUUGCAUGGUUUGGACCUUAGGUAGUAAGUCACUUACCCAUACUAAAGGACCUCCUGAAUGAAUACAUUGUAGUCUCUUCAAUGCUAACGAAUGGCGUAAAGAUGAGGAAUACAUUCACUUUUGCAAGUUCAAAAGUAUCGGGAAUGCACUUUUCCUUUGCGAUCUGAUAGAAGGAAUUUGGGUUGUUUUCAUCAGAUGGUCACUCGAGAUUUAAACCUUUACUCCCCCAAGAUUGCCAACCCAUCCUGAGCUUGAGUCAAGGUUACGUCCAGCACUCCUUUUUCUUACACCUCUUUCUUUUUCGAUGUAACCAUCUUGCAGUAUCAGUUUGUGUACGGUAUUAAUUGCAAUGUAUCGGUGCAAUCUUGCGAUAUGUUGAACACGGGCCAUUCAUGAAA